AUGGAGAUAGAGAUUCAAGAUGAACUUAAUAGCAGUGACCCUAUCAAGCAGAUGAGCGGUCUGCAGAAGCUCAACUUGAACUGGGUCAAUCAAGGACGUGAUCCAACAUUGUUCUUUAACUCACUAAUCAAGUGUAUAGGUGAUAGCGAUAAUAAGACAGCAAAGAUACUGUCAUAUAACAUACUAAAGAGUUGCAAGGCUGCUCAGAAUGAAUGGUCACAGGCCAUACCUGUACUUGUCAAGGACUUGAAGAGCGAUGAUGUAGAGGUGGUCAUUAGCAUUCUAAAGUCAUUGCCACAUAUAUCACCAUUGUUGACAGAGUUACUGAUGGUCGGCAACGCAGACUUUGGACAUCUGGUACGCCACGCUAAUCAGGCGGUGCGUCGAACAGCCCUCGAUACAUUGAUGACCCUGUUGUUCUAUCGUAAGGCCGUACUGCUGCAGUACAAGAGCUUUGUCAGCACGGGCUGGGACCUGAUAGUUGAGAAGCUGCUGGACGAGCAGCUACCAUCCGUGUACCAGGCGGCGUUCAAUGCCGUCUCGACGCUGUUCUCAGAGAUCUCGAGAUCAGUGUCGCAUACCGACGAGUUUGACAACAGCCCGGCAAGACGCCAGGCACUGUCGGUGCAUGGAGACAAUGUGGCCGCCAAACUGGUCGAUCACUUUGACGUGCUGCUCACGCGCUCCGAGCACAUUGAGAUGUCAAUGCGCCACGUCGCCGUCAACACACUGGCCUAUCUGGCCGACACUAUAUCACGCGCGGCUGGUGUGCCCCUGUGGCCUACAACCGAUGCGCCACGCCUCUCAACCAAACAGAAGCCCCUGACGUCGCCACAGAACAUCGUCAACAACCUCGUCGACCACUUCCUCAGCCUGCUUGGCUCCACAAACGACGCUCUCGUCUUCUCGGUGGGCAAGGCUGUGCUGGACCUCCUGCUCACACAGGCCAACCAACACAACGACACGUGGAUCCAACCCGUGCUCACCGCAUUCGUCGGCCUGUUGCGCCGCGAGGGUGUCACGCUCAACCCACUACCCAUCCUGCUGGCGAUCAUGGGCGUACUGCCAAUGCUUAACGACGACCUGCUGCUGGCCACACUCGUACGUAUCUUCCCCUCGAUCAAGUCCAUCACCGACUCGAACCAGCGUGUCAGCUACCUCAUCCGCACAUUUGAGUUGUUGAUCGAUCGCUACGUAACAUCCACGGGCAAGGCCAACCUCUUUGGACCAUUGAUGACCGAUCAGUGGAUGGUGUCCACGCUUCAAGACGAGGGCAGUAGUUUCCGCGAGGAGAUCGUUGUGUCCAUGGUAGCGAGCCAUCACAACGUCCUGUCGCGUAGCAUAUCACAAACAGACGAGCAGCAAUCGCCACCAAUGGGCAGCAGCGGCAGUGGCAUCUCUGGAUCAUCGUCCUCCUCACAGAUGUCCAAGACCACAACACUGUUCUACCUGCAUCAAGUCGCCCUCAACAUUGCCGAGGUGUGCCUCAAGUGUGUGUUGUGGCCUGUCGAGCGUCUGUACGCCCAGGAGUACUGUAUCCGUUUUGUGGACUGGUUGUGCCGCGUCACGCUGCACACUACCCAAGAGUCGGAGCACUCGCAGAAGUUGGUGUCCCUUCUGCGCUCUGAGCUGCUUGAACAGAUCGUCAAGAUCCCAUCAGACUACAUCAGUCUACAAUCAGUGUUCCUUAUCGCCCAGCACCUGCUUAAGUCGCCCAGCAACAAGGUGUAUGAGCAGAGCGACUCGAUGCUGCUGGCCAACAUCUUGCGUCUACGAUUCCUCUUCCUGGACAACCAGGCUCGCUUCACCCAGUUCAACGGAAGCGUUCGCGACAUGGUGAUGGGCGUACCAAUGUAUGCACGCGCAAUGCAAGCCAAUCUUCACCCGCUGUCGGCCUUUUGGUUAGGCGCACUCGAGUGUCUCUACCUCCUAGGCGCCACAGUGCCCUCAGCCGAGACUAUUGUCCUCCGAACUCUGGACGACCUCGUCAACACAUAUCCCGCCAACAAGGGUCUGGUGUCGCGCGCCAAGUUUGUCAAGAAGGCUCUCACAGUUCCACAGCUGCGCGCCACUCCAUCUUUCGCGACUGCCAACCUCGACUUUGCCUUUUGUCUUCCCAUCGAGUUCAUUGAGAGUGCCAUCUCAUUGCGAUCAGCUUCCGAUAUCUUUGCCUACGAAUGCAAGAAAGCCAUCACUGGCCUGGCUGGCGUGCAUUAUGGUUCGUCGAUACGUGACCGCCCUUCAAAGGAGGCCGCACUGGUCAGUGGCUGCGGUGACCCUGUCUGGGUCGAGGUGAUACACACUGCGCAUCCAACACUCCACACCAUCUCGCUGCAGGUCACCGUUACAAACAACGUGCGAUUCCCUCUCAAGAACAUUACCGUGGCACUCGGACUGACUGGCCACCUCGAGUUCCCGCACCCACUCACACAAUGCAAGCAUCAGAUCGCAAAGCUGUUGCCCGAGAAGUCGUACAGCUUUGAAGUGCCCCUCUCUGUUACCGGCCUCGAUCACAACGCCGUCACAUUCUCCGUCACGUACAAUCACCCAAGUGGCAUGAGCGAGGUGGAGAGCGCAAGAGGCAACAAGCCGGCACCAGUCACAAUGGUGCCAAUUGAGACGCGAUGCAUGGACUACAUACUCGAUUGGAACCAGUUCCUCAUCCCCUUCAAGUACAACCAGCAUCAGUUCCUGCAGCAAUGGCCGCGCUUCGAAGCCGCCUUCCAGGUGGACGUGGUGUUUGAGGGCGAGAAUGUGACGCGCGAGCUCAUCAACAGCUGCCUGCUGCACUACCCCUUCCACAAUGUGGAGACGAGCUACUACGACGAGCACAACUUCCAGUUUGCCUUCUCGGCGUCGACCUGGUUCAACGACCAGCUGUGCUUCACUGUGACGGGCAUGGACAAGCCGGUGCCCGCCGACUACUACCACAAGAAGAUCAUACAGGCCCGUUUCGAGUUCCGCUCGUCCAACGCCGGUGUAUUGGCAUCGUUCCAGAACGUUCUGGAUCUCUGGAUACACAAGCUGCCGAGAUCAUGCGAUCAAUUCCUGGCCAGACUUCAAUGUCCAGGCGAGAACUCAUUAUUCUCGAUCACCUCAGUCAAAGAUCAAUCAUCAAGCGCAUCAUCAAAGUCAACACCAUCAAAACAGAGCAUCAGUGAGAUAGACCUUCUCAACAAGUGGAAAGAGUCCAAAUCCAAUGUACAAAAGCAACAACAGCAGCUACCACCAUCGACCUCAUUGCUUCAGACGAUCGAGCAAGAGUUCUAUUGA